UUGAAGGACAGACACCUGGGCCAACACUUUCACAUCCAUCCCUUUACAGUCAGUAGGAUCAUCAUCAAGUGGGCCAACUUCCUAUACACACAGCUCGAAACAGUGACCAUCUUGAUGUCAUCAGAGGAAUUGAAGGCCAACUUGCUGGAGCUUAGGUGUCAGACACCGUCCUCUCUUCUGCUGCAGAGUGAGAUGUUCUCCAACUACAAAUCCCACUGCACAAUGGACGCAUUAGUAGGAAUAGCUCUUCAUGGUCGAUCAGCUUUGUGUCCUCACUGUAUGCAGGCUCCAUCUGCAACAAAUACAGUCAGGCAUCCAACACCAUCUCACCGAGGAUAUGGCAGUAAUGGCCAACAAGGGGUUCCUCAUCGAUUACCUUGUACCAGGGAAGGUCUACUGUCCCCCAUUCCUCUUAAAACAGAGCCAAAUGCCAACAGCAGAAGUUCGCUCGCCUGAGGAUCCAUUUGAGGGAAAAGAAACGUAUCGUUUAUAUUGA